AUGUUCCCCCGGCGUGGUGACGCCUUUUGCACUUCGCGACGGUGUGAGCUGCGUUACCUGGCUGCGUGGGCGGAGCGCGUGAUAACACGCAGGCAAAUCGAUGUGUCUGUUGAUGGAGUUGGUGUCCGACACCCACGCCUCCAACAGCUCUCGUCCUGUCUUGUUCCCGGCCCGCGCCAAUAUCCGCGUGUUGGCGAAGUCGACCUCAAAACGGGCCACGUGUUAGAUGCGCUGGACCAACACGGGGGCCACAUCGGACUCCGGCAGGCGUUAUCUGUGCGCAAUAACAAAUGCCAACAUUUGCGGGGUGCGCUGGCGGGCCCUGUUGUCGGCAUUCGUCGCUCAACUGGACCACUGUCACCACCCCAUUGUUUUGUGGUCAAAAUCCUGGUCAUUGGUGUGUGGACCAGGGGUGCGGAGUGGAGCGCCAAGGCGAAGAUCCGUCCGAGCCAUCCACCUGCGGCCUCCCCCGUCUCCGGUCUUCUUGACUCUUUCUUGACACCGGGCCCAGGCGGGGGAGGAGGAGAGAGUGUAGGUAGAUGCAGCGCAAGUCUACUGGCACUAUAAACCCCUGCGCAAGUCACCGUCCCUGCUCCCACAAUGCAGUCUGUGGGGCACACGGUGGUCAUCGUCGAAAUCGACGGACGAACUGUCGAGUGCCUACUUGAUACAGUGGGUCGCCUCUCCGAACGGCCCGUUUGUGCUCAAGUAUUCGUGAGCUCAGACGUCGUCCUGUCUGGCCUGUGUAUUGGCAAGGACAGUUUUGGCACGGAAUUCGAUAGACUACGCCCGACUGUUCACCUGCGUCCAGCGGAUCCUUCAUUUUCAUGAUCCUGCUAUGCAUGGUGGCCGCCGGAUGAACACAAAUAAGCUAUCCGUCGGCGAGACUCCCCUCUCUCGUCUUUGCCCAUGCAUUCGAGUACGACCACCGAUUGAAUUGGGAUGGCAUGCAGGUCGUUGCCGUGGAUAACACAAUGUGAGUAAGGGAAUUUCUCGAGGCCUGGUACUGCAAUGCGGGUAGUAUCAACCGCCAUGUUGACUUGAUGUCAAUUACGAGGGUCUACGUUCACGACUGACUGCCUCCAGCCGUAAUCACGCAUCAACGACCGCGAAUACAGCUGCCCGCAUUCCAACUGAUUCAGCACCCACCAUCCCCUUGCAGCACAGUUUGCCGCAGUUGUCCCGCCUCAUCUCCCUCCCCCACCUCAUUCAGGGACCUGCCAUGACCUCGGAAACCCCCUACCCUCACACGUCAGUGGUCUAUCUGCCCCAUAACACCAACUAG